CAACCCACCACGACCAUGAGCUGCUCUGGCUGUUCCAGAGGCUGUGGCUCCAGCUGUGGGGGCUGUGGCUCCAGCUGCUGUGUGCCCGUGUGCUGCUGUGUGCCAGCCUGCUCCUGCUCCAGCUGUGGCUCCAGCUGUGGGGGCUGCAAGGGGGGCUGCAAGGGCUCCUGUGGGUCCUGUGGGGGCUGCAAGGGGGGCUGCAAGGGCUCCUGUGGGUCCUGUGGGGGCUGCAAGGGCUCCUGUGGGUCCUGUGGGUCCUGUGGGGGCUGCAAAGGAAGCUGUAGCUCUUGUGGCUGCUGUCAGUCCAGCUGCUGUAAGCCCUGCAGCUGUCAGUCCAGCUGCUGUAAGCCCUGCUGCUGUCAGUCCAGCUGCUGUAAGCCCUGCUGCUGUCAGUCCAGCUGCUGUCAGCCCUGCUGCUGUGAGUCCAGCUGCUGUAAGCCCUGCAGCUGUCAGUCCAGCUGCUGUAAGCCCUGCAGCUGUCAGUCCAGCUGCUGUAAGCCCUGCUGCUGUCAGUCCAGCUGCUGUAAGCCCUGCUGCUGUCAGUCCAGCUGCUGUCAGCCCUGCUGCUGUCAGUCCAGCUGCUGUAAGCCCUGCAGCUGUCAGUCCAGCUGCUGUCAGCCCUGCUGCUGUCAGUCCAGCUGCUGUAAGCCCUGCUGCUGUCAGUCCAGCUGCUGCCAGCCCUGCUGCGUCCCCGUGUGCUGCCAGUGCAAGAUCUGAGCUGGGACCCAGCGCUGUUGUCUGGUGACACCUGCUCUCUGCUCAUUCCCAGCACCUGCCCCUCUGUGCAUGUGUCCCCUGAGGCUCCUGAAGCUUUUUCCUCUAAGCCCCUUCCUGCCUACCUGCCUGCCCACCUGCCCACCCUCCUGCUUUCCUCCCUCCCUCAUCCUUCCUUCCUCUCCCCCUGCUCCCUCCACCCCUCCCUCACGCCCUGUUCAGAGUGCCUGAGAUGUCCCCAGGGCAGUGUCCCAUGUCCCCUAGAAGCUGCAUGGCCCAGGGCUUCAUCCCUCCCAUGUGGG